GGAAAGGAAGAAAACCCUAAAACAGAAGUUGUUCAAUUCCGUGUCAAUUUUCUCCAGCUGAGCUGCCUGCUGCAAACGCAAUCAAUUCAAUCCCCGCACUCUUCAAGCUGCGUGUCUCAAUCACCUCCGUAGAAUGAUUUGAUGGGUUCGAUUCGAUUGCAACACCAUCGCCAUUGUCACCACCUCAGGCUCAGCUGCCCCGCUCCCCUCUCCAUUACACACCGGCGGUGGAGAAGCUUGACUCAGACUCACCCCUCCCUCCUAUCGCCGCCGUCGCCGCCGCCGCCGCCACCAGGUUUGUCUCCCUCACUGCAGAUUCAAGAACAUUCCCCCGACCCACUGCCCUGCCUGAAUAAAAACGGGCCCCAUUUCGGAGUGGUAUUUUAGAUUCGAUGCCGAUGACGGCGAGUGCUCCAAAUCUUACUGUAAAAUUGUACAUAUACAGACCUCUCGACCCUUCCAGAUCAUGGCUAUGGCAGGGGCGAAAACCAUUGCGAUUUGUCAGCUGGGGGAGAAUUCCACACCGAAAACGACGGUUCCUUGUCCUACAGAGGCGGGGAUGCUCACGCCAUUGACAUCGACGAAUAAGUGAACUUUGCUGACUUCAAGAUGGAAGUCGCCGAGAUGUUUAAUUGUGGCGGCGGUGGGGGCGCCACCUUCAACUCCAACAUCACUCUUAAGUAUUUCCUCCCCGGAAACCAGAAGACCCUUAUCACCAUCUCCAACGACAAGGACUUUCAACGCAUGCUCCGCUUCCAUUCCCAUUCCCUCACCAUUAAUGUCUACGUCUUCAUCGACCAACCCCCUCUUCCUGACUUCUCAAGCUUCCCUGCUAGCAGAUCUAGCAGAACCACUCUCUCCGAAGCACAGCAAUUGCCUCCAGCGACUGACCAUGUCCCUGAUGCUGAAGAAGAUGUUAUAGAUGCCCACCAUGAUAUAACUCUUGCGGAUAUUGUUGAUGACACCACCAGCCAGGUUGACAUCCACAUCGAUUUACCUCUAGAAAUGUCACCUCUUCUUCCUCUAAUGGCUUCCACUUUCCGCAACGCGAAGCAUCAUGUCAAAGAGCAUUGGCAGGACACUAUAACUGGUGUGGGUCAGAGAUUCAGCAAUGUCAAUGAAUUUAGGGAAUCCUUGCGUAGGUAUGCAAUUGCCCAUCAGUCUGCUUUCAAGCACAAGAAGAACGACAGUCAUAGGGUCACUGUCAAAUGCAAAGCUGAAGGUUGUCCAUGGAGGAUUCAUGCUUCCCGGUUGUCGGAUACUCAGCUCAUUUGUAUCAAGAAGAUGAACCCUACACAUACAUGUGAUGGCUCGGUGCUUACAACCGGGCACCAAUCGACUCGAAGCUGGGUGGCUAGCAUAAUUAAGGAGAAGUUGAAAGUUUUCCCAAAUUACAAGCCCAAGGAUAUUGUGAAUGACAUCAAGCAAGAGUAUGGAGUCCAACUGAAAUACUUCCAAGCAUGGAGGGGGAAGGAAAUUGCCAAAGAACAACUCCAGGGUUCAUUCAAAGAUGCAUACAAUCAGCUGCCUUUGCUGUGUGACCAGAUAGUUGAAACUAAUCCUGGAAGUCUUGCUACUUUCACUACUAAAGAGGAGGACUCUAGCUUCCAGCGCUUGUUUGUCUCGUUUCAUGCCUCUUUGUCUGGCUUUCUCCAAGGAUGUAGGCCUCUGCUUUUCCUUGACAGUAUAUAUUUGAAGUCUAAAUGCCAGGGUGCUUUGUUGGCUGCAACUGCUGCAGAUGGAAAUGAUGAAGUCUAGCCUGUGGCCUUUGCUGUGGUGGAUACAGAAACUGAUGAAAACUGGCAUUGGUUUUUGCUGCAGAAAACUGCCUGCCAACUUCUUGUCCACUGACAUUUGUUGCUGACCGACAGAAGGGUCUGAAAGAAUCUAUUGCUUAGGUAUUCGAAGGCUCUCAUCAUGGUUACUGCUUAAGAUACCUGACCGAGCAACAUUUUAGAGAGCUGAAUGGGCAGUUCUCACACGAAGUGAAGAGACUCAUUAUUGAAGAUUUAUAUGGAGCUGCCUAUGCACCUAGGCCAGAGGCAUUUCAGCAGUGCAUUGAGAGCAUCAAAAGCGUUUCCCCCAAAACCUAUAGUUGGAUCAUGCACAGUGAGCCCCAAAACUGGGCCAACUCAUUCUUUCAGGGGGCAAGAUACUCGUGUUGGACAGCUCUUCUAUAGUUGGAUGUCAGAUGCUGAUGAACUACCAAUAACACAGAUGGUUGAUGUAUUGAGGGGGGAAAUCUCAGAGUUAGUCUAUGCAAGGAGGUUAAAUGGUGAUCAGUGGCUGACAAAGUUAACUCCUCCUAUGGAGGAAAAGUUGGAUAAGGAGAACCUAAGCAUUGGCGCACUUCAGGUGCUUCUCUCAGUUGGCAAUACAUUUGAGGUUCGUGGGGAAUCGGUCGCUGAAGUUGUUGAUGUUGACCACCGGGAUUGUAGCCAGUGGCAGAGCCAUGAAUCUAAAUGAGGGGGCUAAAAAAAUUUACGUUCAAAGGUUUGAACCUGUGAGGGGGGUCUAAAGCCUUAUCACCUACUCUAUUAUCCAAAUGUGCUGUGAAAUUUACAUGUAAAUUUACACAAUUUUGAGAGUUGAGGGGGUUAUAGCCCCUCCUGCCAACAACGUGGCUCCGCCACUGAUUGUAGUUGUACAGGGUGGCAGCUUAGUGGGUUACCUUGUUGCCAUACACUUGCUGUGAUAGGUUGCAUUGGGAGGAGUCCUUAUUAUUAUUGUUCUAGGUAUUUCUCUACCGAUUGUUACAGAUUAACUUAUUCAGAGUCAGCCCACCCUAUACCACAAGUGGAGAGGCCUAGUGAGAGAAAGCCUUUGAACGGAGUAGUAGUGACUAUCAGUCUAUCACCCCUCCUCCUACUCGGCGUCCCCCUGGACGGCCCACCACAAAGAAAUAUGUAACGCAGGAGACUAUGAAACGUCAACUCCAGUGCAGCAGAUGCAAGGGUCUUGGACACAACAAGUCAACAUGCAAAGAGAAUUUGUAAAGGUUUACGCGCUGUAAGUAUUUUCCUUUUUGCACAGAAUUCAUUUUUAUGCCUUCGUACAUGGUAGGACUGAAAGUGUUUGACUUUCUUGAAAUUUAUCAAGUGCACAUAAGAGGAUCUAAUGGUGGGUAAUUCUGAAUUUGAAAAAUAGUCUACUUAGCGAUGGCUAGGUGUUGCAACCAAUGAGCACUGUGUUUGUCUCUGAUUUUAAACAGGGAGGACAUCAAUUCAUCACGGAGCAAUGGCAGCUGGCCUGGACUUGUAAAAUGUAGUAAACCGUGUUAGUAUGAAAAAGCUGAUUAGUGAUUGUCUUUUCGGUUCGGGCUGUUGUUUAUUUUCUCAAAUCCACUUGGGAGUUGCAACUGUAAUGUAGAGAGGCAGCCGGAGGUUACAAUGAUGAUGUAGUAUGGCUUCAACAUCUAAACCCUUAAAUGGGUAAUUUUAUUCAUAAUUAUAGAAGUUACUGACUUCUGAGAGCCAGAGUACGGUUCAAUUCAUCAAACUUCUGGCUAUUUUCGUUACAAAUAUAGCGGGUCUUAAGUCGCGAGCAUGAUGAAACCGUAGUAAGCUUCCCUCAUUUCAGCUUUUCUUCACACAGUGGAUGAUGCAGUUUCAGGCGACCCCUCAUUUCAGCUUUUCUUCUAACAGUGGAUGAUGCAGUUUCAGGCGACCUUUUUCACCAUCUUGCCAGCAUAAUAAGCUUUUCAAAGUGAAUGAGGUGCUUUCGGACCAGGUAUGUAUGUAUGCUAUACAGAAGGGCAGCCAUGGUUACAGCAGCGAAGGAUAUCAAUAUGUCUAUAUGCAGAAAUCCUGAUAAACAGUGAAGAAAAGAAGGUUUAGUGGUAGUUAUAUCUAUAUGUCUAUCAGAAAUGUCACGUUAAUUGUGAACUGAAAUUUGUACAGUGUUUCAAAGGCUGUGAUUACUACCUUUGGGUCUGAGAUGAUUAUGCCCAUCACAUAACCCAGCAGAUCAAGAGCAGAUUGAAGAGAGUUCUGAACACCUCCCACAAUGCAACGAUCAGAUUCAGCAACACGAUCCUUCAAUUCAUUUGGCACAAGGGAAGAUCAUAACAAAAGGAAUCAUAAGUA